AGGUCUAACGUGGCGUUUUUCGCAGACAGCCGAAGCCUGACUGGCGCCGGCGGGGAAUAAGGUUUUUUCUAUAGAGUGUGAACAUGUUGGCGUUGGUGGUGCCACUUCUUUUGUGCGCUUGGUGCCUCGCCGAAGAAUCUGGUUUUACUCUGACCGUGUUGCACACAAAUGAUGUGCACGCGCAUAUUGAAGAAAGCACCAAGUACGGUGCUAUUUGUAGCUACGAAGACAAAGCAAACAAGAGCUGCGUUGGAGGCGUUGCUCGGAUCAAGGCAAAGGUCACAGAAUUGAAGAAACAAUAUCCAGGAGCCUUAUUUAUGAACGCUGGUGACUUCUUCCAAGGAACCGCAUGGUACACUGUGCUGAAGGAAAAAAUUAUAUCGGCCGUCAUGUCGAGAAUGGAUUACGAUUAUGUGUGCCUUGGGAACCACGAGUUCGACGAUGGUCCAGAAGCGCUCGCGCUGUUUCUUGAAGCCAUGAAAAAGGCUAACGUGACAGUCGUAAGCACGAAUACCAACUUUUCGAUGGAGCCGGCUUUACGAAAUAUCAGCCUUCCGAAAUCAGUGACGAUCAAUGUAACCGGCUUAUCUGUGGGCAUUGUCGGUGCAGUACUUCCCGAAACUAGAUUUCUCUCGAAUACUGGUAAAGUGGAGUUUGAAGAUGAAAUUACGAGCAUUAAACGAGAAGCAGAAAACCUCGAGAAGAAAGGUGUGAAAGUGAUUGUGGCAAUAACGCACUCGGGAUACCCACGAGACAUCGAAAUAGUGGAGCAAGUGAAGCAAUUGGAUUUGCUCGUCGGUGGACACACAAACACGUUUCUGUAUCAUGGUGAAGGCUUCCCUAAGGAAAACGUUCGAGAAGGAGACUACCCUACCAUAGUGAACAGAACUGACGGCAGCAGAGGUCUCGUCGUGCAAGACUACUGGUUCGGAAAGUUUCUCGGCUUUUUGCAGGUCAACUUUGACAGCGAAGGAAAAGUUGUAAACUGGACAGGAAAUCCAAUCCUGUUAAACAACUCAGUGGAAGAAGACCAAGGUAUGCUGGACCUCAUAGAAUGCUACAAGGACAACGUGACCAGAGCCAUCAAUGAGGUCAUCGGCCGCUCAAAGGUGGAGCUAGAGCAAGCGGACAAUAUAUGCCGGCUACGCGAGUGUAACCUUGGGAACUUGAUGACGGACGGCUUGUUCGCCUACUACGCGGACAAAAAAAGCAGCGAGCCCAACUUCUGGUCUGACGUCAACGGCGCGAUCUUCAACGGAGGCGGUAUCCGCGCGCCCAUUCCUCAAGCUGCUCCCAUAACGAUGGGCCAUAUAUUGACUACAAUGCCUUUCGGCAUGUCGGUCGUCAUCAUGACACUCAAUGGCUCCGAGCUACGAAGCAUGUUUGAGCACUCAGUCUCUGAGUACAGUUCCCAAAAGAAGCAGGGCCGAUUCUUGCAAGUAUCGGGUAUUCGUGUGACGUAUAACGUGGGGUAUCCUCGUAACUGUCGCGUCGUAUCACUACAAGUCCUGUGCAGAAAGUGCAUGGUGCCUCGAUACCAGGAAGUAAGUGACACCGAGAUCUACCGAAUUGUCACCACUGACUACAUUGCCAGAGGAGGGGAUGGCUAUAACAAAGCAACGAAUGCCACAAGCGGAGGUGAGGAAGAGGUCGAAGUUUGUGUAUAG